UGGCCGGUGGAGGUGCGCAAAUCUAUGGGUGCGCGUGCAUGACUCGUUUACAUUAAAUGCAAGGACAGACGACGAAAACGAUCACUUAAAUGUUUAUCAGCGCAUCAAAAUGAUCAUAAUUCGUCUGAAGCUGUAACUGUUUAUGGACACAUUCGAGAGACUUGAAGAAUCCGAAAACCGCUCUUAGGAAACAGAUAUAUUUAUUGUGAGCGUCAUCGUCGCCAUAAUGGCCAAGAUACAGAGCUACUGUGAAGCAGGCGUCUCCAUGCAGCAAGUCUGGGUGGAGGGCGGCCUGACUCUAUGCUUCUACUUCACACUGGUGCCCUGCGUCCUGCUCGCCCUCUCGUUCCUUUUCGGCGCCCUCCUGUGCCUAAGCUACUCUCGCUACGGCACAGAGAUGGAGCCCAAGUUCAUCCCCCGUUCCGGACUUUACCGACUCCAGGUGGUCCUGUCAGUGCUGCUCGCCCUGCAUGCUCCGGGCUGGACGGUUUAUCGGGUCAGUCAGGGCGGAGACCAACCAGGGUACGUGGUGCUCUACGGCUGCCUCUCAACGCUGGGAUGGAUUUGGGCCGUUGGCUUGCUGCGGUUGGAGAGGAAGAGGGUUCUGGUGAGGGACAGAACCAGAGGACACAGUGUGGUUCUGUUGCUGUAUUGGGCCGUGGCUUUUGCGGCCGAAAACUUGGCGUUUAUAUCGUGGAUGAGCCCUCAGUGGUGGUGGGCUUUGGAGACGCCCAAUCAGCAGGUGGAGUUUGCUUUCUGGCUUCUGCGUUAUUUCUGCUCGGGUUUGCUGUUCCUCUUAGGUCUCAAAGCACCGGGGUUGCCGCGGCGACCGUACAUGCUUAUGAUUAAUGAAGAUGAGCGUGAUGUCGAGCACGGCGCACAGCCUCUCCUGGGUGACUCCUCUGAGAAUCAGUCCACGUGGAAGGAUUUCGGGAAGAAGGUGCGGCUCUUGAUCCCUUACAUGUGGCCUAAAGGAAACGCCAUAUUACAGCUGCUGGUCGUGUUGUGUCUCAGUCUGCUGGGAGCUGAACGCGCCAUCAAUGUGUUUGUGCCCAUAUACUACAAAAACAUAGUGAACCAGCUAACAGAUGGAAGCUCUUGGAAGACUUUGGCUCUUACGGUGUGCAUUUACGCCCUGCUGAAGUUCCUGCAGGGUGGAGGAGCUGGUGCGUCUGGGUUCGUGAGUAACAUGCGUUCUUUCUUGUGGAUCCGGGUUCAGCAGUACACUAAUCGGGUGGUGCAGGUGCGUCUCUUCGCUCACCUGCACGCUCUCUCUCUGCGCUGGCACCUGGGCCGACGAACUGGAGACGUUCUGAGGAGCAUCGACAGAGGAACGUCCUCCAUUAACAGCCUGCUGAGUUACAUCGUAUUCAGCAUCUUUCCCACCAUCGCUGACAUCGUUAUCGCCAUCAUCUAUUUCAUCUCCUAUUUUAACGCCUGGUUCGGCCUCAUUGUCUUUGUUUGCAUGACCCUCUACCUCACUCUCACCAUCAUUAUCACCGAAUGGAGAACAAAAUACAGACGAGACAUGAACAUUCAGGAUAACAAUGCCAAAUCUAAAGCUGUGGACUCUUUAUUGAACUUUGAGACGGUGAAAUAUUACAAUGCUGAGAGUUACGAAGUGAAUCGAUUUGAGGACGCCAUCCUCAAAUAUCAGGUGUCGGAGUGGAAGACAAACGCUUCUUUGGCCUUCCUAAAUCAAACCCAGAAUCUGAUUAUUGGUGCAGGGCUGCUGGCUGGUUCUCUUCUCUGUGCGUACUUUGUAACCGAGGGCAAGUUUCAGGUUGGAGAUUAUGUCCUCUUUGGGACAUACAUCAUUCAGCUCUACACCCCUCUCAAUUGGUUUGGAACGUACUAUCGAAUGAUCCAGAACUCUUUCAUUGAUAUGGAAAGCAUGUUUAAGCUCUUCACUGAGGAAGAAGAGGUGAAGGAUGAUGUCAACGCCGGAAGUUUGUACUACAGACAGGGAAAAGUUGAGUUUGAAAAUGUAUUUUUCAGCUACUCACAAGGAAAGGAGAUUCUAAAAGAUGUCUCUUUUACUGCCCUCCCCGGUCAGACGGUAGCACUUGUUGGUCAGUCUGGAUCAGGGAAAAGCACCAUCAUUCGCCUGCUGUUUCGUUUCUAUGACGUUCAGGGAGGCUGUAUAAAGAUAGACAGUCAAGACAUCUCCAAGGUGAAGCAAAGCUCACUGCGGGCUCACAUCGGCGUCGUUCCUCAGGACACCGUCCUGUUCAAUGAUAACAUACGAGACAACAUCCGUUACGGGCGGGUUACCGCGAGCGACCUGGAGGUGGAGGAGGCGGCGAUCGCUGCCGACAUUCAUGACAAAAUCAUGACCUUCCCUGAGGGUUAUGAAACUCAGGUGGGUGAAAGAGGGCUGAAGUUGAGUGGAGGAGAGAAGCAGAGGGUGGCCAUCGCUCGUACCAUCCUCAAAGCACCACAGAUCAUUCUCCUGGAUGAGGCCACAUCUGCUUUAGACACACAGACCGAACGAAACAUUCAAGCCUCGCUCAGUAAAGUCUGCGCCAACAGAACCUCCAUUGUGGUGGCACACAGAUUGUCGACUAUAAUUGGAGCCGACAUGAUUCUUGUUCUCAGCGAUGGACAGAUAGCAGAGAGAGGAGGACAUGAGGAGCUGUUGGCUAAAGGAGGGAUGUAUUCUGAUAUGUGGAUGAAACAGCAGCAGGCUCAAGACUUGGAUUCAGCUUCCGACUCUGAGACUAAAGACAGAAAAUCUGAGAAACUACAACCCCCAGCAUCCACUACAACAGACAGAAGCCACUGAAUCAGGACAGUGUAUUCAUUUCAUGGCACAUUUACUAUGAUUGCGCUAAGCAAGUGUAUCCGAGGCCAGUUCUUAUUUCUUCGAUUUUGUUUUUUUUGUUUCGUGCAUUCAUAACGCUAAAUUAUACUGCCUUUAAUACGAGAAGACUGACAGAGGCGUGCUAUUGUCUGACAACUGCAACCUGGACUACUGACAUCACAUUUAAAACACCCAACAACACAUUGAAAUUUAAGUCUGUUUAGUUUUUUAAGUCUGUUAUUUAAGUGAAUUUGUCUAUUAUUCAUUUUUAAUGCUUUCGAAUAGCAGCUUUUCAUUGUAGGGUGUAUAAUGUAAUUAUUAUGAGGAUCCAGACAGACACGCAUUGUAAUUUACUAUUCUCAUAAAAAAGUUGCACUUUAGGUGUACAUGAGUAAAUAGAAAUAUAUACUGAAUGUGUGUCUAGACCAUUAAAGACUAAAUCUAAGGUCAAACUUAUUUCAGUUUGAAUUUAAGACAAAGUUUUAAGCAGAGGAGAAAAGUGUAAUGUUUGACGUUUAUGCAGGAUGUUUAUUCGAUAAGACUAUCAAAUACCAUUAAGAUGUUUUCAUAAGUGAUCAAUUAUGGUCAUCGGGUUGUUAAUAAUCAAAGCUUUAUUAGAUCUGUGUGUUAUUGCGAUAACCAAAAGGGAAAGAAUCAUGUGGGACUGACGCUGAACUAUGGGACGUGGAUAAAAUGUGCCGAAAGGUUUAAGCUGGCUAUUCUAGAUGAAUAUGUGUAGAAGUUGUUUUUGUGUGUGACAGAAUCUGGGUAAAAGGAAAUCAUAAUUUAUCUGGAUGAAGCUGUGUGUGUGUGAGUGUGUGCGUCUUGGUAUUUUAUUGUACAGCAAGCGAAGGGCUUACCCUAUGUUUAUACAGAUUGAAUGUGUUUGUUUUAUUACACGUGUGUUGCCUUCAUUCUUUAUGUACACAUACAAAAUUAGAACAUUAAAAGAUUGGAAAACAAGA